CAUGAUAAAUCGUCUAGAACGCUUUACGACACUGUUGACAGCUGUAGUACUUCUUGGCGAGUUUCUCUAGUUGGUGUCCGUUGCUUGCACAUUUCAAGUUAUGGUUUAAGUGUCCACCAAAGCUGCAGUUAAAUGAGUGUUUUUGAUUUAUUUCGCGGGUUCUUCGGGGUACCCGGAGGCCAUUAUCGUGGCCGGAGGGACCCUUUCUUCGAUGCCAUGACUCAUGACGACGAUGAAGAUGAUGAAGAUGGAUUCCACUAUGAUGGGUUCAGUGGGGACCAGCAGGACCCAUUUGACAGCGCCUGGAGGUUUGGCUUCAGUUUUGGCCCGGACGGGAUGCGGAUUCAGGACCCCCCGAUGUUUGGCCACGUCCUCAGGGAGAUGGAGGAGAUAUUCUCCCAGCUGGGUCGUUGGGAGGGACAUCCAGAGUCUGGACGCUUUGAUGUUCCCCACAUCAUGCCACCACCACCGUCUCAGGACAGAGCAGAGAGAGGACGAGGAAGCUCCAGUGGAAACCCUCUGAGAGACUUUAUGCUCAAAUAUCCUGACAGCGACACACAACAACGAUCCAGAGAGCCCCGAGGUGAUCACAGACCUUCUUAUGAGUCACCUGAAUUUCAUGGCCGGACCCCUUUUUCCAGGUUUAAUGAUAUUUGGAGACACAAAACUCCACAGGAGGAGCACAAAGGUGACAGAGAUCUGGACUCGGCUGUGUCCUCUGAUGGCUUGGAUCAGCUUCUGACGCCACCUGCUGGUCAGGCACCCAACCAGCCCAGAACUCGGUCUUUCUUUCAGUCUGUCACUGUCACUAAGGUGGUGAAGCCUGAUGGGAGUGUAGAGGAGAGGCGUACGGUAAGAGACGGCCAAGGCAACGAGGAGACCACGGUGACUCGCUCGGGAGGUUCUGGGAUUUCUGGGGGACCAGAUCAUUCGAAUGGACCCGUGCUGCAAGGUGAUCCCCACCGCUUCUCAGACUUGCGGGAUGAUGGCUCAUUAUUCUCCAGGUUCUUUGGAGGCUUUAAAUAAAAUGUGAAGGAGUUAUUAGAGAUGUGAGCUGGCAUAUUUAUAUUACGUACCAAUGUAUGGACAAAUAGUUUCACGGUCUUUCUUUGCCAAAACGAAUAUGUUGGAUAAAUUCUCGCUGGCUCAUUUAAGAUGAAACUGGAAGUCCAAAUUGAUCAUGCAGGAUCGAAGCUGCAGAUCCUGAAAGCUAUUGAUGGUGACACACUGAGACACAUGAGACGCUGAACAAUUCACGUUUCCAUAUUUUAUUUUUGUAUUGUCCUGUAGACAAGCCUGUGUGGAUGUGAGUGAGUGAAGAAUUAAAUAAAGACUCUUAAUAUAUGUA